UGGUUUGGAUACAUAAUAUUAAUUUGUAAAAUCUUGUGGUACACUUUGCUACGACUGCUUUGGUAUCCUUUGCAGCAGUGCUCAGUCCUGACUCAAGCUUCUUCCAAAUUGAAGAAAGAUGGCCACCAUCACUGCUAGCACCACCACUACAUCAUCACUCGUCCGUGCAGCUCUUGUACACAAGCCAUCACUAGGAGUCUCAUGCUCACCUGUUCUUGGCUUGCCAGCAAUGGCAAAGAAGGGGAAAGUGAGCUGUUCCAUGGAGGGAAAGCCCAGCGUGGAGGAAAAAUGCAAGGGAAUGAGUGCAUCUUUGAUGGCAGCUGUGUGUGCUGCAUCCAUGUCAAGCCCAGCCUUGGCUCUGGUGGAUGAGAGAAUGUCCACUGAAGGAACAGGACUUCCCUUUGGAUUGAGUAACAACCUUCUUGUUUGGAUCCUGUUGGGUGUUUUUGCCCUCAUCUGGGCUCUCUACUUUACCUACACAGCCACCCUCGAGGAGGAUGAGGAAUCAGGAUUGUCCCUCUAAAGCCGAACUCGUUUCAUUAUUGACAAGGAAUGUAAAAAUAAUGCAAAACGUUUGGCUUUUUUCUACCUUGUACCAAAACUUUCAUAAUUUAUCUGUGCAAUUUAUGUGUUGUCUUGCUUCUUAA